CAAUAGACUAUUAGACUCAUUCCAUUAAAGCGAGUAUGAUAUUCAUACUAGUAGUUUGUUAACCAUAACAAAUCAAAAUACACAAUUUAAUAAAAAAGACUAAAUUUCAUUUUUUGGAAGAGAAAAUAUUCAUCAAUUAUUUAGAUAAAUCAUCCCUUUUUUACGAUAAACUUUUCAUGCCGGUGUUUGUGUUCAUCAUUGUCAAAAAUAGAGAAUAAAAUACAGUAAAAAAAAUUCAAAAACGAUUCUUCAGCUAAUACUGUUUCAACUGUACUAAUUAAGAAUUCAACGAGACCACUUUCCUCCAUCCAAAUUUAGCAAACAAGGGGGUAAACAUUACAAAUUAAAAUUCCAAUCCAAUAUUGAAAGAGAAAUGAAAACCAAAACCAAACCAUUGACAAUCCUACAAUAAAAAGAUCAUAGUUUCAGUUGAUGUGCUUGAUUGAUUCAUUGCUAGUACUCUUUACUCACAAGUUUAUAUUAUUCCCACUUCUCCAAAUUUUCAAGCCAAGAAAUUACGUUAGAGCUCAUUCUCUAUUAAUGGCACCAUAGGAACCAAAAAGCUCCACCAUUGGUUAGCUCUUCCCAUCCAACCUCUCAUUCAUUUCUCCUCUUCUUCCCCUUCUUCCCUUCUCAUUAUAUACUAAAAACUUUCCUCAUACCCUUAGUCGGAGAAAAGCUUCGACGAUGGUUCGAGCUAGACCACCUCUCCUGCUCAUGGCAGGAGGGGGCUAUCGUCGUGCCACCGAGUAUUUCACGGUGACAUUCUUACUAAUUUCGACGAUAAACGUCGCCCUCGCGGCCAAUUCAUCGUCUUCGUCAUCCAAUUCUGUUUUGCCUGGACUUGGGGUGAAUUGGGGCAGCAUUGCCUCGCAUCCCAUGGACCCCAACAUCGUGGUACAAAUGUUGAAAGACAAUGGAUUCAAACGGAUAAAAUUGUUCGAAUCCGACUCUUACACCGUCAGCAAGUUCGCCGGCACCGACAUCGAGGUCAUGCUUGGAAUCCCUAAUGACCAACUCCAUGAUCUGGCCAAGGAUUACGACAAUGCCAAGGAUUGGGUGAAGGAAAAUGUUUCUGAUCAUAUGUCUAGCGAGCAAGACAAGCACGUCAAUAUCAAAUACGUCGCCGUAGGGAACGAGCCGUUCCUGGCGAGCUACUACGACAGGUACGUGAACGACCUGUUCCCCGCCAUGCAGAACGUGCAAAAGGCCCUAAACGCAGCCGGGUUCGGCAACGUCAUCAAGGUCACGGUGCCGUUCAACGCCGACGUGUACGAGUCCCACUCCGACAAGCCGUCCGACGGCCAGUUCCGAUCCAGCCUGAAGGGCCAGAUGACGUCCAUCGCCAAGUUCCUCCGCCAGAACAAGGCCCCCAUCCUCGUCAACAUCUACCCGUUCCUCAGCCUGUACCAGAGCUCCAACUUCCCCACGUCGUUCGCCUUCUUCUCGAACGACGGGAGGAAGGUGUACGACGGCAACAUCGCCUACUCGAACGUGUUCGACGCCAACUACGACACGUUGGUCACGGCACUAAAAAAAGUCGGCGUCCCCGACCUGAAGAUCAUGGUCGGGGAAGUCGGGUGGCCCACCGCGGGCCACAAGUACGCCACCCCGGACUACGCGCAGAAGUUCUACGCCGGGCUGAUGAAGCGUCUGGCGGCCAACAAGGGCACCCCGCUCCGACCGGGGAAGCUCGACGUCUACCUCUUCGCCCUCAUGGACGAGGACCAGAAGAGCAUCGCCCCCGGUCCGUUCGAGAGGCACUGGGGGAUCUUCACCUACGACGGGAAGCCCAAGUACCCACUCGACCUGUCCGGAGGCGGCAACCAGAACAAGAUGCUGGUUGCCGCCAAAGGGGUUCAGUACCUGCCCGCGCAGUGGUGCGUGCUGAACCCCGACGCGACCAACCCCGUCGGUCUGGACGACGCGUUGGGGUACGCGUGCGCGUACGGCGACUGCACGAGCCUGAAGCCCGGGUCGCCGUGCGCCAGCCUGGACAAGAACUGGCAGGCGUCGUACGCGUUCAACAAUUACUACCAGAUCAACGACCAGGACGUGAGCGCCUGCGACUUCAACGGGCUCGCGACGGUGGUCAAGACCAAUGCGACGCGGGGGAACUGUCUGUUCCCGAUUCAGAUUGUGAGCGGCGGGGGGAGGAUCGGCGGGAGCCGUGGUGGGUUCAUGGCGGGCGUCCUGGUGUUGUUGGCGUUGUUGUUCACGUUGUAAGGUGGAAGGGGACCAAAGAGGACAUCAUUAUUUUUUUUCGUUGUAACGCAAAAAACAAAAAACAAAAAAACAAAAAAAAUAUGUUCUAGAGCAUUGAGUUUGGAGUUCGAUGUUGAAGUGGCCGUUUUAGUCUUUAGACAUAUUUGUUCUGUGGUGGGGGCGAUAUGCAAUGCUAAUUAAACGAAAACUCUGCGCGUGUGCUCUCUUAUUUAUAUAACCAUCCAUGGGUCUUCGCUUGUCCUUAGGGAUCUCAAUUAGGGGUUUCAAAUGGUUAUCAUGGUUAUAACCAAACUAAAUAAAGCUAAAUUUUUUUA